GGUCCUCCCAACUCCCAAGCACCAACGGUCAAAUAUCUUGCCCCUAUCUUUCAAAUAAAAAUUAGAGCAGUCCCAAAACGGUUGAAUAUCACCUCUCUCUCUCUCUCUCUCUCUCUCUCUCUCUCUCUCCCCAUUAUCAGAGACCUCACCGUAUAAUCUUCUACCCUAGUCUCCGACAAAGACCAUGAACCUCAACGCGAUCUCCAAGGUCAGAGUUAUUGUGAGGGUGCGCCCCUUUCUCCCUCACGAAAUCGACGACAAGAACGGUGACCGGACACCAUGUGUUUCAGUUCUUGAUCAAGAUUCCGAUUCCGGUGAAGAAGUUUCCGUUUAUCUGAAAGAUAAAGAAACCAGCCGAAACGAGUGCUACCGGUUGGACUCUUUCUUUGGCCAAGAGGACAACAAUCUGGGUCGGAUCUUCUACAAAGAAGUGAGCCCAUUGAUUCCGGGGAUUUUCCAUGGCUGCAACGCUACGGUGUUUGCCUAUGGGGCUACCGGGAGUGGGAAGACCUACACGAUGCAGGGCACUGAUGAGCAGCCAGGACUAAUGCCGCUUGCCAUGUCUACAAUUCUCUCAUUGUGCCAAAGCACAGGAAACACGGCAGAGAUUUCAUAUUACGAGGUCUAUAUGGACCGAUGUUAUGAUCUUUUAGAGCUCAAAGCAAAGGAAAUAGCGAUUUUGGAUGAUAAAGAUGGGCACAUUCAUCUACGGGGACUAUCUCGGGUCCCUGUAAAGUCGAUGUCUGAGUUCCUCGAGGCGCUUUGUUGUGGGAUUGAGAGGCGGAAAGUCGCGCACACAGGUCUCAACGAUGUCUCUAGUAGGAGCCAUGGGGUGCUUGUAAUUUCUGUUUCCACUCCUUCCGGCGAUGGAUCUGGUGCUACUGUUAUCGGAAAGCUGAACCUCAUAGACCUAGCAGGUAAUGAAGACAAUAGAAGGGCAUGCAACGAAGGGAUUCGCCUCCAAGAGAGUGGGAAGAUCAACCAGUCCUUGUUCGCAUUAUCGAAUGUGAUUUUUGCACUGAACAAUAACAAACCCCGAGUGCCCUACAGAGAAAGCAAGUUGACCCGUAUAUUACAGGACUCUCUUGGAGGAACAAGCUCUGCUUUAAUGGUUGCUUGCCUUAAUCCGGGAGAGUACCAGGAAUCUGUCCAUACUGUCAGUUUGGCUGCUCGGUCGCGGCACAUCUCUAAUUUUGUUUCCUCAGCUCAUAAGCUAGAGACCCCAAGGGACAAAGUCGACAUGGAGGCCAAACUGCGUGCUUGGCUUGAAUCUAAAGGCAAGACAAAAAGUGCACAACGAAUUGGAGCAUUCAAUUCUCCUUUUAUGGGAAAAAAUCCCAGUUCUAUAAGCUCUGUUAAGAAACCCAGUAUCCAUCACAGCUCUGUGAAAGCAAAGACUACUACGAACCAAGGUGCUUGUAAGGCAAAACAAAGGUUUAUUCCGGUGCCUUUCACAAAUUUAUUCAAUGAUGAAGGUCAAAUUGAUGCUUGCUUGGAGAGUGGAGUGAUUGCUGCUAUUCCAAACACAGAAGUGACCGAGGCUGCUGCUGAUGGAAUUGUGCCCAAUUCAAAAAUGUUUUUGCCUGAUGAACCUUUGGACAAAGAGGAUAAUAUUGCAACCAUGCAUUCUUCUGCCAAUUGUGUUGGUUCAUCCCCAGCUAAAGCGAAGAGAUAUGUAUUUAAGAGUUCCAGAGAAGUUCUUUCCCCUAUAGACACCAACGUAAAUCUAAAACAUCUUGAGGGGUUCUCAUCCCCGGAUCAAUCAUACCCAGUUUUAUUGGAGCCAAUUACUCCCAAAAGAGCUUUCAUUGGGACAUCUGCUAACAAGUUGCAAACAACUUCCACUCCACUUGAUAAAUUCAGUACAUGGAGCUGCAAUUUGAAGAGCUCUCUUAUUCAAGAGUAUAUUGCUUUCUUAAAUACGGCCAGCAAAGAGGAGCUACUAGGAUUAAAGGGGAUUGGAGAGAAAAUGGCAGAAUACAUAUCUGAACUCAGAGAAACGAGCCCAUUAAAAUCGUUGAGUGAUUUGGAGAAGAUAGGCCUUUCAUCCAAGCAGGUUCACAACUUGUUCAGCAGAGCUACAAGUGGAAUAUUUGAUAGAGCAGAUGAUUCAACACCCAGUUGUUCAGAACAAUUGCAAGUUGGUUCUCCUCGUUUCGAUAUGUAAAUGUCAUUUCGAAUGUGUUGUUUAUGCAGUAGUUGCUCAGUUUUCUUACACCUCAUGCGAACAAACUAUAUUCAUUUAUCGAAAAUUAUAUUUCAUUUAAUCAAAUAGCCAACAUUACUUUGUAAAA